AUGUGUCGCAGCGCAAAUAUCGAGGGACCCCACUCUACCCUUCCAGACGACGAGUUCUAUGAUGCGGUUGAGACAGGCUUCGACAAAAUGGAGGAGGAGCGGUGUGCCCGCGUGUCCUCACCCACGGAGGUCACAAGGGACGAGGUGGAACUGCCACCGCCGGCCAUUGAUAACAGACUAACAGUGCAUCCAUUGUGGGCAGAGAUCGACAGGAUAUCCACGGAACAGAUUCAGGCUGCGUUUGAAGGUGUAGGAGGAGAGAUUGGUUGGCAGCUCUUCGCUGAGGAGGGGGAUAUGAGAAUGUAUAGGAGAGAAAUGGAAGUAGAUGGAAUGGUGAUGGAUCCGCUGAAAGCGAUACACAAAGUCCGGGGCGUGUCUGCGAGGGAGAUGUGCCAUUACUUCUUCAACCCGAGAUACCGAUAUGAGUGGGAGACGACCCUAGAGACGAUGAACAUCGUGGAGGCCGUGUCGUCGGACACGCUGGUGUUCCAUCAGACCUUCAAGCGCAUCUGGCCUGCCUCGCAGAGGGAUGCGCUCUUCUGGUCGCACGUGAGGGCUGCGCCCCACAACACCUACGCUGUCACCAACCACUCCACCGCGCAUCCGGAUUACCCGUCCAACACGGGGGCCUGCAUCCGUCUGCUGGUGACGGUGUGCCUCGCGUGUCGCUCCACGUUCCCGCCCAACGAGACCCCCGGACGGGAUAACAUCACCACCAGUAUCGCUUACUGCAGUACGGUAAACCCCGGCGGUUGGGCGCCGGCUGGGGCCUUGCGAGCGAUCUACAAACGUGAAUAUCCGAAAUUCCUUAAACGAUUCACGAACUACGUGGUCGAGCAAUGUCGGGAUAAACCCUUAGCUAUCUAA